GCCGCCCGGCCCACCGCUCUGACCACCGCAGCCGCACCGCCGCGGCACAGUACCCACGCAGGGACUGGCGCGCGACGCCGCGCCGCUACCCGGCCACGGUUGGUGAAGCACACACAUCUCGAAAGAAGACUAAGACGAGAAUGAGGGUCCCCACGAAGGGCUCAGAUCUUGGACACCGUUCCGCUGACUUGGAACUAGGAACUUUAAACAAGGCGUACGUCAUCGACGCCACAGAUCCCGUUAACGAGAGUCCCAAAUUGUCCGCAAGCUUAUCAAAUGGAAAAGAUGCAAAGGUGGCAGCUGAAGCCGAAGCGGAUGGCACGCCGCAGCGCGCGCAGUGGGGGAACCAGCUGGAGUUCCUCAUGUCGUGUAUCGCCAUGUCCGUCGGCCUGGGCAACGUGUGGCGCUUCCCGUUCACCGCCUACGAGAACGGCGGCGGCGCCUUCCUCAUCCCCUACAUCAUCGUGCUGUUCGUCAUAGGCAAACCGCUCUACUACAUGGAGAUGGCGCUCGGCCAGUUCACCAGCUACGGGCCAAUCAAGGUCUGGUACAUGGUGCCCGCGCUUAAGGGUAUCGGGUACGGACAAGCAUUGGCAACUAUUGCUACGCUAACAUACUACUGUUCGUUGAUGGCUAUCACAUCCUUGUACUUUGUAUUGUCAUUUAGUUCUGAACUUCCCUGGGCCAAAUGCCUCCCUGAAUGGGAAGGGUACUGCAUUGACUCCACUGGCAGUGGAGGUAACUUUACAGCUAACAACACGGACCUGCAGAGUUCGUCCGAGCUGUUCUUCCUGAAAUACGUGCUGAAUGAGGUUGCCGAUAUUGCUGAGGGCAUUGGAGUUCCAGACUGGCGCCUCACUAUAGGUCUGGCAGUUACGUGGAUUACCAUCUUCUUUGUGGUUUGGAAAGGCGUGAAGAGCUCAGGAAAGGCAUCCUACUUCUUGGCGCUGUUUCCCUACGUCAUCAUGAUCGUGAUCCUCAUACGCGGCGCUACUCUCCCUGGGGCUGGGGACGGUAUACUGUUCUUCAUCACGCCGCAGUGGGAUCGGCUCUUAACGAUUGAGGUUUGGUAUGCUGCCAUUACACAGUCGUUCUUCUCACUUACCGUCUGUUUUGGGCCACUUAUUAUGUACUCAUCAUACAACGACUUCAAUCACAAUGUUCACAGAGACGCGCUGAUUGUGACUACGUUGGACACAUGUACAAGUAUCUUAGCAGGCUGCACUAUAUUCUCCAUCCUUGGAAACCUCGCCUAUGAAAUGGGAAUAGACGACAUUUCUGCAGUAGUUAAUAGUGGGACUGGACUAGCUUUUAUCUCGUACCCUGAUGCCAUCGCGAAAUUCGAAUUCGUACCGCAGUUGUUCGCGGUGCUCUUCUUCUUCAUGCUCUUCGUGCUGGGCGUCGGCAGCGCCGUGGCGCUGGACAGCGCCGUCAAUACUAUCAUCCGCGACGACUUCCCCAGCAUCAAGCAGUGGAUGGUCGCUGCCUUGACGUGCGUAGGCGGGUUCCUAACAGGACUGGUCUACAUCACACCGGCUGGUCAGUGGAUAUUAAAUCUCGUCGACUAUUACAAUGUAACUUUGACAUGCUUUGUGCUGGCUUCGAUUGAAAUGGCAGCUGUGGCGUGGAUAUACGGAAUGGAUAACUUCUGCCAGGAUGUAGAAUUCAUGCUGGGACACAGAGUGGGAAUGUACUGGAGGAUCUGUUGGGGUUUCAUUACGCCUGUCGUGCUCAUAUUGGUUUUGAUAUACUCUCUCGUUACAUCUACUCCACUGACGUAUACUGGAAAAUACUACGACGACGCGUCAUACGUGGCGGCCUGGACUGUGUUUGGAUUUUCUGUUCUGCAGUGUCCGUUGUGGAUACUAUAUAUUCUUGCGAAGAACAGAUCUGGUCGCACUUGGAAAGAGGCAUUCCGACUGUCGUUCACGCCGUCGGCAAAGUGGGGUCCUAAAAACGAUAAACGAAGAGGUGAAUGGCUAGAAUUCAAAGCCAAUAAAAAAAGAGAAAUUCAGCUUAAAGAUCACGGAAUAUUUAAAACACUUAUAUUUCGAUAUUUAGGCUGCGGAAGACCUUGAAAAGACACUGAGAGAAUUUAUGUGUGUACAGAUGAUCCACAGUCCACGAGUUGCGGUGCACUGGCUUUCUUUGACAUAAAAAAAGUUCAACUUGAUAUAAUAAAGUAUUCCACUGACAUAAAUGGUGAAGAAUGAAAAUGUGUCGAAUCCUCUACAUACUGGACUAACAAUGCCGUAUUACUUCCAAGCACGUUCCUUAGUUUGGACUGGCCACAGCAAAACAGUGCUUAAGAACAGCUGACGUUGUUGAAAAAUAAAUGGAAGAGCUUUGUAACUGCCCAUGACGAAAUUCAUAUGCAAAUUUAUGCCACGUUACUUUACUCCAGUUGAAAAGCGUUCCAGGGAACGUAUCUGGGGUAUACCAUGCUCAUUGUCAGACUAAUAUUAAGGCAGUUUGAGAAUGACAGAAUUGUGGAUGAGUUCGCUGUUUUAAUAUAUCUCUGUCUGUCGCAAGUUCUGCAAUACUCAGGAGUAGACAAGCUGGCUGUGAUGUGAAUCCACUUGCUGUGUUAAGAAUACACAUGCGAAAGCUUACCUCUAUUUCGUAAGGCUUAAUUGUGAUAUUAGUGUAAGUGUAAAGAAUGUACAAAUUCUUUAUUAUGUAUGUUUCAAUUUGAUCUGUACCGUGUACACUGAUCACCUAUUAUACAGAGAGAAUUUCUGACUGUGACAUUACAGCAGAGACUCUACCAAAUAAAAAUAAGUUUUAUGAUA